UCUGAUUUUGUUAGAACUGCGAAAAGCGAUUUUAUCCACAUUGGCCAGUAUUACACUACAAUGUGUAAGUGGAAUCUGUGCCAUUAUUAAUAGCAGUGGUUCUGAAGGCCAGAGAAGAUCCAACGAGCUAGUAGACGGGUGUCUCUAAUAAAGAGGCCAUUACGUUGGAGUUGGCUAUAGCUUUUUCAGAAACCCAAAUGAGAAACUUGGCAAGUUUUCCACCUUUUUAAGUUUUUUGUUAGAUUAAGCUGAUCUUUUUACAUUAUGAAUGCAUUUAAGUGCACUCAAUGUAUUAUAUUGGCAGUCAGCCAGAUUGGGUUUAAGCAUUUAGAAACUAUCUCCAUCACUACAUCUGGUAUCACGGAAAAGGAAUUCUAAUGCUAAGGUGGGAUAGACGGGAUGUAAGGUGAACACAAUCCAGUGCUUGGAUCUAAGAAAUUGAAAUAUAAGGAAAGUGUUUUUCCUUGUUUAAGCUUACAUUUUAUUUGCUUGGUUUUAUUAGAUUGUUUAGCUCUGUGCCUGUCUGUGCAAAGCUACCUCCCAGAAAGACUUCCCCUGCCUUUUUUAGAUACAAGUAAUAAAAUGCAAGAUUUAAACAAUAGUCAAUAUUUGACAAAUCUGCUGAAGGCUACUCCAAGUAUUAAGCAUACCAUCACCAUGGAUCUUACGUGCGAACUGUACCGAAUUUCCACUUUCUCAAAAUUUCCAGGAAGUUCACCUGUAUCUGAGCGCAGUCUUGCCAAGGCAGGUUUUUACUACAUUGGAGCAGACGACAAGGUGAAAUGCUUCAGCUGCGGCCUGAUGCUCGAUAACUGGAAGAAAGGAGACAGUGCAAUUGAAAAACACAAGAAGCUUUAUCCAAGUUGUAGUUUCAUCCAGAACGUAUCAUUGAUUAAUAUCGGAGCAUCUAAUUGUUCUGCAUUUUCUCCUCUAAAUCCCACACAGUCAGCCUCUUGUGAAGAGGAAACUGCCUACUUCAGUGGAUCCUUUAGGAGUUUUCCUGAUGUAGUUUCCUCUAGGGCAGUUGAAGAUCUGUCUCACCAAAGGGGCAACGACAGCAACUCCUAUAUGUACACAGAGGAAGCCAGACUGAGCACUUUUACAAAUUGGACUGUAACUUUCCUCAAUCCUUCUGAGCUUGCUAAAGCAGGAUUUUACUAUGUUGGUCCUGGGGAUAAAGUUGCUUGUUUUGCUUGUGAUGGAAAGUUAAGCAAUUGGGAACCUAAAGAUAAUGCCAUGUCCGAGCACCGGAGACAUUUUCCAAAUUGUCAGUUUGCGAGCAACAGUGCAAGACCCUCCUUGAGGUGCAGUGUUUCCAAUGUCAGCAUGCAGACCACCUCUUCAAGGCUUAAAACCUUUCUAAACUGGCCCUCUAGGAUCCCAGUGACGCCGAAAAAAUUGGCAGAAGCUGGCUUUUACUAUGUCGGGCGAAAUGAUGAUGUCAAAUGCUUUUGUUGUGAUGGGGGUUUGAGAUGCUGGGAAUCUGGAGAUGAUCCAUGGGUUGAACAUGCAAAGUGGUUUCCUAGAUGUGAAUACUUGCUGAACGUGAAAGGUCAAAGUUUUGUCACUGAUAUUCAGGAUAGAUAUCCGCAUCUUUUAGAUCAGCUGUUGUCCUCUUCAGACUCACAAAACAAUGAAGCUCAGUAUCCCCCCAUCAUCCAUUUGGGUAAUGAAAACAACCAGGAUGAUGAGGUUUACAUGAAUACUCCUUUAGUUCAGACUGUCCUGCAGAUGGGCUUCAAUCGGCGACUAGUAAAAGAAACAAUAAUGAGUAAAAUAUUGACGUCUGGGGAAAGUUAUAAGGAAGCAGACGAACUAAUAAAUGACUUAUUAUGUGCUCAGAAAGAACAGACUGAAGAAGAGAGAGACAAACAGAUGGAGCAGUGUUCAUCUGAUGAGAUCACCUUAAUCAGGAAAAGUCGACUUACCUUGAUCCAGCGCAUUUCAAACUGCCGUCCAAUAAUAGAAGACUUGUCAAACGCAGAGGUGCUGUCCUCCACGGAAUGUGAUGCCUUAUUGCAGAAGGCACCAUAUACUUUACAAGCUCAAGAACUCAUUGAAAUUGUUUUAAUAAAAGGCCGAAAUGCAAUUGAAGCUUUCAAAAAUAGUCUUAAUAAACAUGACCCUGACCUUCACAGAGAGUUAUUUAUUGAACAGACAUUGACAUGCCAAAUGUCAGAUGGCUAUUCUGAUCUACCAAUGGAAGAACAGUUGAGAAGGUUGCAGGAGGAAAGGACUUGUAAAAUUUGUAUGGACCAAGAAGUUUCUAUUGUGUUUAUUCCAUGUGGCCAUUUAGUGGUUUGUAAGGACUGCGCACCAUCUCUCCGGAAAUGCCCAAUAUGCAGAGGCAUAAUUAAAGGCACAGUUCGCACUUUCCUGUCAUAAGGAACUAAAUAAAUGUAAAAAAAUGUAAUAAA